AUGGACACCAUUAGCGAAGAAAACAUCAUAAGCAUAAAUGUCGGAGGAACAGUAUAUAUGACAACUCUUAACUUAAUUUGCAGAUACAGGAAUUCGCGCCUGUGCCAAAUUGUUUUAGGAAACAGAUUUGAGUAUAUCUUGGACUUUCUUCGAGAUGGAGUCUUAAUAUGCGAAAAUGACAUCAAUGUUCUGACAAGAAUAUUAAUUGAAGCUGUGUAUUUUAAAUUGUUUUCCCUCAUAAAAGUCUUAAAAAAAAAAAUCAGAUUGUUAUACUCAAACAUUGGUAAUAAUGUGAAUAAAAAUGUUUUUAAAAGCAUUAUUAACACAAUUGAAGAAAAAAAAAAAAAUAACAUAAAAACUAAAAGUAGUAUAUCAAGGAAGUUAAAUAAAUUAUCUGGGCAUAUUUCGAACUAUAAUGAACUGAAAUAUUGCAACGCUAAAAAAAAAAAAAAUCACAACGUUCGAUUUUUAAGUAACAUAAAUAUAUUAAAUGAAUUGAAUAAGCAGGAUAAUCAUCUCACACCGAAUGAUGAGAUACAUUCCAAGGGACAUAUGCUCAUAUCAAACAUUUCAGGAAAAAAUUGUAAAUACGAAAAAGAAAUCGUGUGUCCCAUUGAACGUGUGGGUGACAAGUUAAAAAAAGACAUUAAACGCGAAUGCAGUAAUGAUAGGAAAACAAAUUCACAAGAAAAUUUAACCCAAAAUAUUUCUUACAUGCCAACAACAAAUGCAUACACAAAAAGUAAAAUCGAUGAUUGCAACAUAACAAAUAAUUUCACAAAUGAUACCAAAAAGUUGAAUCAUAUCAAAUGCAUGUGGACAAAUUCUUUACUCAAAGAUGAAGAAGAAAAAAAGGAAGUCCCCCAAAACCAUUUAUUACUCAAUGAAAAUUUAAAAAAUGAGGACCAGAAAAAUGUUUCCUUUUCAGAGAACAAGAGUAUAUUUUUCUAUGGAAAAAAAGAUGAGAUAAAGCUUAAUGGGAUUGAGAAUAUGGAGGAUUCUUUGAAUGAAAUUCCAAAAAAAUAUACGAAUGUGAGUAACUUCAACAGUGCAAAUUACUCAAUGCAUUCUAGUAUCACGAAUUAUACCAGUUGCAUAAAUUAUGCCAACCCUAACAUUGAUGUAAAUGAAGGUUAUAAAUAUAACAGUUACAAAUGCAAUAAUAUGAACAGUGGAAGGGGAGAAAUUUUAGUAUAUUCAGAUAUUGAUGACAUUGAAGAAACUUCCCCAUUCCCAAUUCUGUCGAAUGUUAAUUUAGGAGAGCAAAUAUUUAGCACAACAGUGGAUUUCUAA